ACAGUUUUGUCAGUGAGUCACUGAACAUUGGAUGAGAAAAAGAAAUAAUUAUUUCAAAAGAGGAAGAAUGCCACACCUCUCUAGAGAUCCUGUCCGUUAUUUGCUGUCUCUAGUCAGUUCUUCAUCACCAUGGCAUUCUCUGGGACGUAUGAGCUUGAAAGUCAAGAGAAUUACGAUGAGUUUCUGGAGGCAAUUGGGUUUGCCAAUGCCAAGACUGACUUCAAGGUGACAACAAAGGUGCUUCAGGAGGGGGAUGAUUUUACCUGGUCACAGAUUAUUCCCAACUGGACCUUGACUAACAAAUUCACCAUUGGAAAGGAGUGUGAGCUAGAGAGCAUGCUACGCUCCAAGUUCAUUACCACCGUCACCAUGGAAGGAGGCAAGAUAAUUAUUCCGUUCCCCCAGUAUCAUUUCACUGCUGAGAUCAGCGGGGACAAGCUGAUCAUGCUCUGUACAACCACCGGGGAGAAGGGUGUGACCAUGAAGAGAAUCAACAAGAGGAUCUAACAUCAAACAUCUAACGUGUUGAGGCAGAGCUCUUCUGUGUGUACUAUUACUGGUGACUGUGUUCCCACUACCUCGUAAACUACCCGUAUUUUACUGUUUCACAUCCAGAAAGUUCUGGAUGACUCAUACCAGCUGGAUCCCACUUCCAGUACAUUUACAGCAAUGGUCGCCUGUCCAUCUUUAAUAUAAAAAGACAUAUACUAUGCAAUCUAUGCGACUUUCUGGUAUUCAGUGUUUGUGGUGUGUGGUUUGUAGUGUGUAAUAAUAAUAAUAAUAUGCCAUUUAGCAGACGCUUUUAUCCAAAGCG